AUGUUACUCAUACUUUGGAAUCAACUGAGAUUCUCUAAACGCAAACUUAAGAUGAGCUUAUUGUAUAGUGAAGUUCCUUGGGGUAUUAGAUUUUUACAAAAGUUGACAGAAAAUUGUUGUCCAAGAUUUCACUUCAACAGGGAAAUAUGUUACCGUGCAAGUGUAGUGUUUUUAACAUACAUUGCUUAUAUGUGCUAUCAUAUGUCCAGAAAGCCAAUUUCAGUUGUGAAAGCAGUGUUACAUAGAAACUGUAGCAGUUUGAAACCUCCUGAAGACAAUGAACCCAACAACUGGUGUGAUUGGGCCCCUUUUGAUGGCACUGAUUCCAGUGCAACGCAAAUGCUGGGAGAGUUGGACUCGUCCUUUUUAUUUUGCUAUGCGAUAGCCAUGUUCUUUUCCGGUUUCAUAGCCGAAAGAGUCAACCUGAGGUAUUUCCUGAGUUUGGGCAUGUUAAUGUCCGGAAUAUUCAGUUAUUUAUUAGGUAUCGCAAAGACGUAUGAUAUACAUAGUCUGACGUAUUAUGUAGUAGUUCAAGGAAUGGCUGGAGUGUUUCAAACAACGGGCUGGCCUGGUGUUGUAACAGUAAUGAGUAACUGGUUUGGAAAAAGCAAAAGAGGCCUUAUUUUCGGGCUGUGGAAUUCACAUACGAGUAUUGGAAACAUUUUAGGUUCUUUGAUUGCGGCUGAAUAUGUUGAAACGGAUUGGGCAUUGUCGUUCAUAAUGCCAGGAUUAUACAUAGGAGCAGCUGGGUUUAUUUUGUUUUUAUUCCUGGUAGUCAACCCCAAUGACGUUGGAUGCGUGACUUCUGAUGUGGUACCAGAUAGAACAAAAAGAUAUAGACCUUUGGAAAACCACGUAGCAAACAACGAUGAAUCUUCUGGAGUGGGCUCAGAUGUGGAUGAUACUGACAUUAUUAUUGGAGAGCAAGGAGUCAUUUCUCGAUCACGAUAUUUGGCCAAUAACCAUUUAGAAGUUCAAAGAAGGCUGACCGAACGCAGCCAGUUACUUCCUAGCACGUCUUCAUCAGAACCUGAACCGGCUAUCGGUUUCUUGGACGCCUGUUUCAUACCAGGCGUCAUCGAGUUCUCUUUCGCUCUGUUCUUCUCGAAAUUAGUCAGUUACACCUUUUUGUACUGGCUCCCGUUGUACGUCAAUUCUUCUACUACAAUGGGAGCAACACUAAGUGCAGACAUGUCCACCCUGUUUGAUGUGGGUGGCAUAGCCGGGGCUGUGAUAGCUGGCGUCCUGUGUGAUAAAACAGAGAUGCCAGCGUCGACGUGCGCUUUGAUGUUGAUCCUUGCUGCCCCAUUGAUGCUGGUUUAUGAAAGACUCAGUACGAUUAGUUUAGGGGUGAACAUGGUUCUUCUGGUAGUGGUCGGUUUACUGGUCAAUGGACCGUACGCUUUGAUAACCACGGCGGUUUCUGCAGAGCUAGGUACUCACCACAGUCUGGAAGGAAAUUCCAAGGCACUAGCUACCGUGACAGCUAUAAUCGAUGGGACUGGAUCCAUCGGAGCUGCAGUGGGGCCAUUAUUGGCAGGAUUUGUAUCAAACUAUGGCUGGCAAAAAGUAUUUUUAAUGUUAAUGAUCUCAGAUAUCUUUGCUCUUCUUCUCUUGCUGCGUUUAGUAAAAAAUGAAAUUAAGAAGUUCAGAAACAUACGUAGAGCAGGUAUCCGAAUAGAAUGA